AUGCCACGUAAGCUACGUAAGAAUAUACGUAAGAGGAAGAGAGCAUUGAAACAUCCAAUAGUAAAACUGACACCACAACAACAGUUGCAACAACAAAUUAUGAAUGACCCCACUAUGUUGCAACAAAUGUCAAGCAACCCUAUGCUUUUAAACCGAGUUAUUGGUGCACAGAGUGGAGGUUUAAGAGCGGCACUUUUAGCGAAAAUGGCAGGCUAUGGUGGAGCUGCAGACGGAACAGCUUAUAACCCUCAAAGUCAAAUGAAUUUGAGUUCACUCAAAAAUCAAAUAACAGAUGUCAAAAAGUCAAACAUAGACAUACAGAAACAAAUAAGUGAAAACGAAAAGAAACUAGAAUAUGACAGACACACAAAGAAACUCAAUGAGUUAAACGUAGAGAAAAAGAAGAAAGAAGAACAACUGAAAGAACUAAGUACAGAGGAAUAUGCGAAAAAAGUGUCAGAAAAAGCAGCAGAAGUAGCAAAAAUGGAACAAGAUGUUAUAAAUUUGAAAAACCAUACUACUCAAUAUAAA